AGUAUUCUUGUGCUUCAUGGCAAGAGGCUCGCUAGUCAGUGCUAUAUUUAUCUUGUAGCUGAACACACACAUUUGCAAGAGGUUGUUCAAUAAGGGAAAGGCAACCAGCCAAGGCACGGUUCAAACCUUGGAAGUUUGUCCCAGCAUCAUCCAGCAGACUGCAGAGAGGGAAUUCUUUCGAUGGCCUGGAAGAGUUAAACCCCUGGCUUGGAACAAAGGAUUCGCUGACUUGUCUCCUGGCUUUGUGAGAGACGGAGGAAGAGUUUGUAAGAUGGAGGUUAACAAGUUUCUGGGUGCACCAGGAGGGCAUCGGAGGAGACAGGAGGAAGACUGUGCCGCCGGUGCAGGCAGCCGAGAUGCUGAAGCCAGCGAUGACUUGGAUUACGUACAAAUGUAUCUCACCUGUUUACCUGAGAGAUACAUGAAGGCAAAGUUUACUUUGACAGCCUAUCUGGCUUGUUGGCUAAUCUUGAAACUCUGCAAGAGAGCCUGGGAGAGAAGAGGCUCAACUUCCCACAAGGCCCCUGAGCCGAUAGAAAAUUGCACAAGUGAGGGAGAGCUUGAUGAAGAUCAGAGUUCUUCUGCCCCAAGUACAUUGGAGCUGGAAGUACGUGGAUCAAGCCAGGAAACAGAUGAAGACUAUUUUGAGACCCGAUCACAUCAGAGUGAAUCACUAUCGGACAUCAAAACAGAGCCUUAUGAAAGUGCAUCAGACUCAGAGUCCAUUGCCAGUGAUGUAACAAGAGAAACCAACCUGAGUUCCUACUGCCUUUCUUCAGAAAUAGAAGAAUCGCAACACAAGUAUUCUGAAACAAAAGCAGAAGUAGUUCACACUGAGUCUGAGUGUGAAAAACAGCUGGGAUGUAUGCAGGAGGAAGUAGCAGAUUUGCCUUCAGUUUUACAUGCAGCAGUAAGCAAAUCUGAAUUGGAGAUCCUAAUGCCGGAAUCAGAUUCAGAAGAGAUCGGUGGAAAAGAGAAAACAUUACCUUACAGUAAUAUCUAUGUAGGGCCAAAAACUCACAGAGAGGAUGCUGCAUUACAGACUGGUGUUUUACUGAAUAUGGAGGCAAGUGCUGUGGAGAGAGAUGCACAUUACUGUAUCAAUUCAAAAAAUCUUGCUGAAGGUGCACUUAGAACAUGCAACCCUAGGAGAGAUAUGAAAAUAUGUGCUGGUCUCAGAGCAAGCUCUGAAAGCUCUCUGAACUUCUUUGAAACUCGGCAUUCUCUUGCCCACUCAAAAGCUGCCUCACAAUACAGUUUGCCUAAUAUUCACUUAGAAACAAACAGAAUAUGGAAAAGAAACUGUGAAGCCUCCAAAGUUAAGUAUAAAGAAGACUAUAUACUGAAGACAAAGUGCAAUAGGAAGGAUAUUACUGAUAGUCAAAUACCUGCUGAUAGCCACUUGUGUGGUACAAAGCUCAAAGCCACAGAUUUGUCAUCUUUAACACCCACAUUUCAGCUGUCAUCAGAAAGACCAGGGACCUUAAAACUGAAGUCAUGGCACAGUUCACCUGGAAACAUAACCACUCAUGAGGCCAGAGAACACAACAAUGAUUGUAUAUGUCUAGCAGAUAAAUUAAGUUGGUCAUGCUCCAGAAUACCUCUAGAAGUAUCAAGAUUUGGACAUAUAAAGGAAAACUUUAGAAGGUUUGAUGGCAACCCAAAUGAUCCUUCAAAUAUAACAAAAGAUGUGGGCAUUAAAGGAUUGCUUCUUGAUACUCACACUGUCUUAAAUAACAGCCAGUUGACGCAAGCGGCAAGCCUUCACUGGGCUACCGAUGAGCAUUUACACAACAAAUCUAAGACGUAUGGCCUUAUAACAAAAAGAGCAGAUACAUCUGAAUGUGAUUCUUUGGCACUCUCCCAGCUGCCCUUUCCCACAAUAUUGGAUAAUUCCAAACAGGGGAAUUCCUCAACUCUGGAGUGUAUCCCAACACAUAUAAAUGCCAACAUAGUAUUAAAAAACCAUGCUGUGUCAGAGACUGAGACAGAAAUUAAAGAGAUUUGUCAGCAACUUAACUCUGAAUCAAACACUCAUGAUGCAGAAGAACAUUUCCUAGAUGUCUGUAUCAUGGUAGAUAAAAAUGACACUGGUAGUCUCCAUGCUUCCACACUUAGUACAGAUGUGAGCAAGGAAAGACAGUACCCUGAAACUGAAGACACUGAGGCCUUUCUAGGAGUCACUGAAGUGAGAAGCAAUUCUGGAUUUGGUUUAGAUUGGGGGACAAGGGAUGGAAUUCUGUUAUCAAGUGGGAAAGGCUUCACAGGAGAACAAGAAGCAAUUCUGCUUCAAAACAUGAGUAGGCCAACCAGUGCCGUAAUAUGUUCUCCCAGUCAGGAAAAGACUGAUGUUCCAUUCAUGAAUAUGGAAACAAAGGACUGUUGUUGUGGUUAUGAUUGUGAAGGUGACUCUGAACUAGAACCAAAACCACAGUACCUUUGCCACGGAGAAAAAUAUGAAACAUUUUCAGAGUUAAAACCUUUCUUGAUGACAGCUUUUGGUCAAAAAGGAUUAGAGUUAAAAAAGCUGGAGGGUGAAACAAUCCCAAGUGAAUCAACUACCGAAAUACUUGAACAUGAGAAUUUAGCCUCUCAUCUUGACACUACAGCAGAUGGCACAGAACCACAGGAAAAUUUAAAUAUAGAGUCCAUUUGUGGAAAAGAUACUUUGCCUGCACAACUUUUAUCAGGCAGUGAUAGUGAUUUUCUUGUUCUGAGGGCCACUCAAGAAGGUGCAAAAAAUAUUCAUGAGAAAAGGGAAGCAUCCCUUCUGGAUUUAUCUUCAGUGCAAGACCCUGCAGUGUCUGAGUCUAUAGAAGGUUGUGUGGCGAACGGUUCUCUUAGAACAAAUUUAAGUUUAGGAAGUGCUGUACAAACCUGGAUAGAAGAGGGAUGUACAAGUGACUUGUCCUUAGAACUAUAUACCACAAAUGCUGAGAUGUUGCAGAGAAAUCCCUGCAAAAUGAAAGCUGUGUUUGUCUCAAAGACCAUGCAAGAAGAAAACCUAUUGUUGAAAGAAAGCUCAGGCUGUAUAUCAGUGGAUGAACCUGUGUCUACAAAUCUGGAACAGAGCAUUUGCAUAAGUCUAUCAAGAGCACAAGAAGUGAACCAUGGACAUACCUUGUGUGAGGAAAGCACGAUUGCUAAUAAGACCUUAGAGAAUCAUGGCAAGCAAAGACUUGAGGAAGAAAACACUCAAAGCCAUGAUACGUUACAAGGAGAAACAAACCAUUCUCUGAACACAGAACCCAGUAAGGGUUUCUCUAAAGAAGAUCCAAAGUACAUUGGAACAGAGAGUGGACUGAAUUCAAACCCAUAUAUAGGUGAAAAUUUAGUGAAAGCUGACAACCAAGACAAUAGCACUGGAGGUUUGGAUAACAUCAGCACUGGGAGCACAAACAGUGAGGAGAUGGAUGAGAACCUCUGCAAUUUACUGAGCAGUAAUAACAGUUUCUAUAAAACAUUGCAAAGGAACAACAAGGUUGGAGCUACAGACAAGUCUGCCAAGCAUUCAAAAUUUUUAGCCUUUUCAAAAAUGGCAUCUUUUAGGAAAACUAAGCUUGCAAGUGCUGAAAGUCAGGACAACACCCAGACCAAGACAGAAGUAAUAGAUGGAGAUAAAGGGGAAGAAAUGGAUGAUAGUGUGAAACCUAUCAAUUCACCCACUUCUGCUUUCCAAAGCAAAGAGCAUUCCUUUGCAGAGUUUUCGGAUGAUGAUGAUUUAUUUUAUGAGAAACCUGUUGGACUCUUCAACCGAAUUAGCCUGAGAAAAGCUUCAGGCUCUGGACGCAUACUCCUGGAAGAUGUGGGCACUAGUUCUUCUCCUGUCCUGCCCAGAACAAAGUUCACAGAAGCGAAAGUUUUAGGUUCUGUGGAGAAUAAUGAGAACGAAUCUUCAGAUUACCUUGAACUCAGGAAAUCCUCAUCUGAAAAUGACUUUAAAAGAAACAAAAGCACAGAGGGUAAAAAAUUUAGGAGUCGGUUGGCCUUGGCUCACAGGUCCUUCUCAAGUUUCUUUGAAUCUAAAACUCUGGAGAAAGAAAAUGCUGAACAGAGUCCAAAGGUUUCAAUUAAAAAUGAAAAGGAAAAAGCCAAGUUGCAUCAAACGUCCUGGAAAGUAUUUCUGAAAAGCAAGGAGGCAGGUGGUCUGAAACAGUCUGCUGUAACUAGUCCUCUUCCAACACAGCAGAGUCCUUGUUCAAACAGGAGUCCUGGCAGCUUUGCGAGAAGAGGAUCCAAGGAAAAACAGGGAUAUCACAAUGGGCAAGUAUUUACAAUCUCAAGUGUAACUAAUGGCUCAUCUGUGGACGCUGCACAUUCUGACUCCUCUGGAACUGGUGACUUCCCAGCAGUAAACACAAGGAGGAGGAGAAGGGAGCCAUCUCAAGAACUGACUAUACAAUGCCCACAUAGCAUAGACUGUAAUGGGAAAGAAUCAACAACAGGCAAUGAUGAGGAUAGUUCCUUGGAAGAAUUCUGGUUGAAAUCUCCACUUAGCCCAGUUGACUUGCAGUCUUCAUUUUCUCAUUUCACUCCUUCUUGCCCUCAAUUGUCAAUGUAUGAACGUAAAGAUAUACCAUGUAGGCCCAUGAGUCCCAAACCACAAAGUCCUCGAACCAGUUCUCAACGCAGAGGUUUCCAUUACCCUGGGAGGCUCAAUUCCACAUCAAUGAUAUCUCUUGGAAACAUCUCCAUGACUGAUAGUAGCUUGGAAGCUCCUGAGAAGCCAAAGACACUGAAGCCUAGAUCUAGCUUCUUGCAAUCUGUUCACUCCCUAGAUAAUGAUUACCUGAGAGAAGACAGUGGGAUAAGCAGCCAGUCACAAAUCAGCUUAAACAUGACUUCUUCAGUCAGUGAUAUCAUCAGAGAUGAGGAAACUACCCAACCCAGCCAGAUCCCAUCAGAAAAGAGGCCAGCUGAAAAACAUGGCCUCCAUUGCAGAAAGAGGUCUACUCAGAUGUCAUUGCCUCCAUACUCAUUCUCAAAUAUAGAGAACAAAGCCUGGCUGCUUCCCUUUCGUAUUCAGAAAGGGAAAGCAAAAGAGCAUUCCCAGAGGAGGAGACACAGAUCCCUAUACAAGCGUUUCAGCUUUGACGACACAUGGAUGGAGAAGAACCGGAAAAGGAAGCUUGUGAAAGAGGCACAUUCAGGCAGAGAGAAUGAACUGAGUAACCUCCCAGAGGAUCUGUUAAAAAUUAAAAUGAGACCAUCAAGUACUUCAUCCAUGCCCUUUGAUGCCCUGCCUCUGAAGCUGCAUCUCUAUUCUCAAAGUACACCAACAGGAUUAGACUGUGUGGGUUUGAGACGGCGCAUCUCUUUUCCUGUAAUUGCUGAUGGAUCGUUGGAGAAGUCUAGUGAUGAUGUGGGAAGUGAGGAGGACUUGUACGAUGACUUCCGAAGUUCCAGUCAUCGUUAUGGCCACCCAGGUGGCGGCGGAGAACAGCUUGCUAUUAAUGAGCUCAUCAGUGAUGGCGGAGUGGUGUAUGCUGAAGCACUCUGGGAUCAUGUCACCAUGGAUGAUCAAGAGCUAGGCUUCAAGGCUGGUGAUGUCAUCGAAGUAAUGGAUGCUACUAAUAAAGAGUGGUGGUGGGGCAGGAUCAUGGACAGUGAAGGAUGGUUCCCAGCCAGCUUUGUACGGCUUCGGGUGAACCAGGAUGAACCAAUGGAGGACUAUCCUUUGAAGCUAGAAGACGGCAGAGAGGAAGACUCCAGAAAUGCUGCCCACCGCUAUGGGAUAGGGCAUACAACUAAGGAUCAAAUGAGAACUAAUGUGAUCAAUGAAAUCCUGAGCACAGAAAGAGAUUACAUUAAACACCUGAAGGACAUAUGUGAGGGCUAUAUAAAACAAUGCCGUAAAAGAGCAGACAUGUUCACAGAGGAACAGCUGAAGACUAUUUUUGGAAAUAUUGAAGACAUCUACAAGUGCCAGAAAAAAUUUGUUAAAGCGCUAGAGAAGAAGUUCAACAAAGAUUACCCCCACCUGAGUGAGAUUGGCUCCUGCUUCUUGGAAUAUCAAAAUGAGUUCCAGAUCUAUUCUGAGUACUGUAACAACCAUCCAAAUGCUUGUGUGGAACUUUCCCGACUCACCAAAGUGAGCAAGUACGUGUAUUUCUUUGAAGCAUGUCGCUUGCUUCAGAAGAUGAUUGACAUCUCUCUGGAUGGCUUCCUCCUGACUCCGGUGCAGAAGAUUUGCAAGUACCCAUUACAGCUUGCAGAACUGCUGAAAUAUACCAACCCACAACACAGGGAUUUUAAAGAUGUUGAAGCUGCCCUAAAUGCCAUGAAGAACGUAGCACGGCUCAUCAAUGAGAGGAAGCGACGUUUGGAAAACAUCGACAAAAUUGCUCAAUGGCAGAGUUCAAUAGAGGAUUGGGAGGGUGAAGAUGUCCUUGUCAAGAGUUCUGAACUCAUUUACUCGGGGGAAUUAACCAAAAUUUCCCAGCCUCAAGCCAAGAGCCAUCAAAGAAUGUUUUUCCUCUUUGAUCAUCAGCUUGUCUGCUGCAAGAAGGAUCUCCUGCGUCGCGAUAUCUUGUAUUACAAGACUCGAAUCAGCAUGGACAACAUGGAGAUUCUGGAUGUGGAAGAUGGGAAAGAUAAGGACUUCAACGUCACUGUUAAAAAUGCAUUCAAAUUGCACUGUAAGGACACAGAAGAAGUCCACUUAUUCUGCGGCAAAAAGCCAGAACAGAAGCAGCGUUGGCUCAAGGCGUUUGAGAAUGAAAGGAAGCAGGUUCAGCUCGACCAAGAAACUGGUUUUUCCAUUACUGAGGUACAGAAGAAACAAGCCAUGCUUAAUGCCAACAAACAGAACCAGAGUGGAAAACCAAAAGUGGUCACCAGGACAUACUAUGAUUUUCUGAUGCGCCAAAAGCACCCCACACUACCUACCAACCUUCCUCAACAGCAAGUGUUCAUGUUGGCAGAGCCCACGCAAGCCCUCCAACUUCUGGCAGAACAUCAGCAGGCUAGCACCCUUUCGAAAAUAAGGGGAAGCAGCCCAAUCUUGUGCCUGAAAUAUCUUCUGAGAAAGCACUUUAUGCAUCAAAUCCUGCAAAACUAAGCACUGGCUCCCUCUCACGGCUUUCCGAGGGACAGCAUUUUCCCUCCCCACCCCAUUAUUCCUUUUGGCCAGACUUAGAUUCAGAAGUAUUAUGACAUUGUCAGAUGUGCAUUUGUAUGUAUGUGAAAGUGACCUGAACCUGCAUCCAGUUCACUGAAUACCCAAGAGAAAACAAGAGAGUUAGAAAUCUCUCCCCACUUCUCCCACUCCUUUUACUUUCCUUGAACUUCUUCAUUUUGUUUCUUUCCUUUUGGACCGCUUUUCCUUUUGGAACGUGAUUCCCUGUCAGUUCCAGUAACGCUGCUAGACCAAGAAGGCAAGUGGAUAUGGCAAGCCGUACAACACCUUAGCCUUUGCUAUGAGCAGCUGUUUAGUGUUGCUGCUGUUAGACAUUUUUCUGGAGCAAUGGACUCCCCUUCCUCACCCUUUUUCACAGAAAUCCUGAAACAGACUGAGCGUUUCCACCGAGGCACUUUCAACCUACCUUAGCUAAGAUUAAACUACUGAGAUGGAACCAGUAAUAACAGACAAAUCCGAAGCAUGACUAACAACCAAGACUUUUACAAAUUUACAUGACUUGGUGUAUAUUGUGAGAGAGGGGGGAAAUGUGCCUAAAUUCACUUUGAAUUACUUUUUGUCCUUUCUAGCAACACUUUGCCAUAAUUCCUGGCCAAUGAACAUUUUUGUCAAUGUUUUUUAAAUGUUUAUUUAUGGUAAAAGUGCAGAUAACUGUAUUUUGUAAGAGUUUGUAAUCUGUCUUGUCAGAUGUUAACUUGAUGCCUGUUUUGUCUAUUUUUUUCCACUAAAGAAAAAAGACUCAUACUUGUAAGGCUAUAUUCCUAAAAAAACUAAGAGGUGCACUUGAGUUAAAAGAUGAAUUUCAGAUUUAUCAGGCACUUGCAAGCAAAUCAGUAUUAUCUGGAAGCUGUUUUACUGUUGUAGUAGCCUUUUGGAGAAGCAGGAGUGCUUCCAGGAAGACAGGUCACAUUAUUACAAAUUUGUAUGAGAGUGUGGUCAAACACUGACACUUGAAAAUGGAGGGCAAAAAUACUCUUAUAAUCCUUGAUCACAGAAGAAAAUAUUUGCCUUAUACUAGUGAGAUAGUUAGAAGCCAUAACUGAUUGAAUUGGAUUUAAUCCCAUUAUUUAGGGAUUUCCUGGCACUGUGAAGUUGAAAAGAAAAACUCAACUUACUCUGAGAUGACUGCAGGAGAGUGAACACUGCAGAUUGAAGCAGAAUCCAACUACAGCUACAGUCACACAAAUCCAGAAACAUGUACAGAUUCAUUCUUGCACUAUUCUUUUCCCCGUGAGGGGGACAACAUUCGGUUUCAUAAAAAAUCUUGUAAAAGUGA